GUCCCGACAUGUCCGGUUGAAAAUGGUCGAUAGAGCCCGCCAGAAUGAAUGGGCGGUAAUUUUGCCAGAUAACCAAAAGACGGGGAGUCGUGGUCGAAAACGCUUGAGUAUUGAAGAAAUAAAUCGACAUUCGAUGUAUAAUUCGUUAGAGUUGUUUGAUUCUGCGUCGUAUGAGUAUUGUAACGUCAAACGUAUCACCGAAAUUCACGUCGCCGGGACAACGGAAUUGCGUUGGGAGGAGCGGGAGGUUUGUGAAACGUAACUCUCAAGGAUCGUCUUCCACGAUGGACGUUAAAUGCAAGAACGAGGUAUAUCAGAUGAUUAUGAAGGAUUUCUUGAGUUUCCAAGACCGACAUAAGGAAAUACUAAAUCAUCUCAACGAGAAUGCCGAUUAUCAAAGGGAGUGUCUGCAAAAUCUGCUCAAUCAGUUGUUACAACCAUCGUCUGUCCCGAUUGUCAUGAAAACGCCGAAGGUUGCGAGGAAAAGGGGAUUUCAACGUAUUGAAACCAUACUAGAGGAUGAUGUAUUAGAGCAAGAGAAUACUUUAGCAGAUGAUGUACAAGUUGUCAGUGAGAAAGCUAAUAAUACAGACAGCAUAGCAGGCAGUAGGAUAAAAAGGAUGGCAUCUUUGAAAGCAGUGAAUAACAUCGCGAAACAAAGUUUACUUGGCCAGAAUGGAAGACUGAGGGAACUUUCUGAUAAUGAACAUACCGUUCACUUGGCAAAGAAAGGAAAGAGGGAAAGUCAACUCAAGAGGAAGAAAUCUGUGCGAACAAGUUCUGAUGAGGACGAAGGUAAGGCAGCUUCGAAGUAUAGUAAACUAGAUGAGAAUGUGAAGAGCAAAGAACCAGGAGAGAGAAUAACAAGAAAAGUAACUGAGCAAGUUGCUCAUUCUGAUGAUGAUACAGCUGAAAAGACCAAGGAAGAGGAUGUAGCCCAGAAACCACGACGUUCACUGAGAUCAGGGUCUACAAAAUCUCAGAAGGAAGAAAAAAAAGACGAUGCUAUUAUUUCUCCUACUACGGAUAUCGUCGAAGAAUCUAUAUAUGAGGAUGCAAUUGGGAAGCCAACUCCAAUUAUGAAUUCGACUUUGAAAUAUAGUUUAGCUUUGCCUGAGAAGAUACUGAAUGCCACGGUGAUUUUGGAGCCCUUGCCGCAACAGAGAAAAUUAAACGAAACAGUCGUGAUCCAAAAGGCAGCGAAUCAGCAGAGCAGGAGUCGGGGAAAUAGCGGAGAAAGAACAAGUUCGAAGAAAACACGACAGGGCAGUACGCAAUCGAAUAAAAAAAGACAAAACGAUCUCUCGAACGCAUAUAACGAAUUAAUCACGGAUGACGAGUCGUCGCCUGAAUUGAAGAAAUCGAAGAAACAGGUCGGCAAGAAGAAACGCCUGAUAAGAAACUUCAGCGACGAUGACGACGAGGUCCCUAACACACCUCCUAUAAAGAAAGUGAAAGAAUAUUUCAAACAGCCGGUCGCGCCCUCGGUCAUGCAAGAAAUCAAAGCUUCGUUCAAGCCGAAUGCGUUGUUCAGUCCUUACGCAAAGGAAUCCGUGAAGAAAAGGGUCGAGGCGUUCGAGCAAGCAGUGAUGCAGAGUCCAGCAUCAGUCGAUGUGAAUGCUCCUACCAGAAUAACCAGAACGAAAACCCGCGCGAUGGCCGCUGCGGAAGCCGAAGCGGAGGCGAAGAAUACGGAUAAAAACUACACACAGAUACUAGCUCGCAAGUCACUCGCGAAAGCCAAGAAGAUAGCUUGCCUUGUGGAGAAGCAGAAAAAAGACAACGAAGAAUUUAAAGAGUCUUUUCUUCAGAACAAGGAGCAAGUGCCAGAGCAGAACAAUAAGGCGAUUAAAAACGACAGGCUGAACGCGAUGCAAAAAACAACACCUUUGAGCAAAUCGAAAAUCAUAGUUCCAAUGUCUGCGAAUCGUAUUCAAACUCCGUUGAACGCGUACAACCUCGCGAGUCAGGCGAAAGCUUUAACCGCCUCGCGCGUGAAUAUCGUGACUAGUGUGGAGUCUUUCAUCCAAGCCCCGAAAACGGUCAAGGACAGCUCUGCUGACAAAUUGGAGGAUAAGAGACGGCACGAGGAAGACGCGUUGAAGAAGAGAAAGGAGGCCUUGAGAUUGCAGACGGAAGAGAAGAGAAGAAAACGGGAGGAGAAGGAGCUGAAGAACAAGUUGGCGAGAGAGGCCAAAGAAAAGCAGGAACUGGAAAAGCGGCUGAAGGCGGAGAGAGAACGAGAGGAGAAGGCGAAGUUGGCACAGAUGAUGCAGGAGAAGCAGCGCGAAGAGAUGGAGAAGAAGCGCCUGGCUCAGUUGCAACGAGCGCAAGAGAAGGAGGAACGUCGCAAACUGGAGGAGCAACAGAGGUUGCAGAGACUGCACGAGCAAGAGGAGGCGGAGCGUUUGCUCGCCGAACAGAAGCGCCGGGAACAGGAGGCCGAGAAGCGUAAGGAAAUGGAAGUGAGAGCCCAGCAGCAGGCUGAAGCGACGAGGCUGAAGAAUAUGGCGCACGCGGCUCAAACUAAACACAAGCAAGCCGCUAAUAAGCAACCAGGCACGACGAAUUACGUGUUGGACAGCGAACCUGACGACGACGACUCGGACGACGAGAGCAGACCAAAACACGAGAUACCGUAUUGGGCACAGGCACACGUGCGCAAGGUGCAACUUGCGAUGCAACGACACAUCCCCGAGGAAAUAGUGUACAAAUUCUUCGACACUCGUAAGUGUACGCCGGAUUUGACCGAGCUGUUCCAGGGCAUAGAUCGAAGUCGCUUGAAGCGUACCUCCAGUGCAAUCUGGAAAACGCCGCCGCGUUUUUCCACGAUGAGCGGCGACUAGGAUUCCUGAAUCGAGCCGCGAUUAUCACACACGCAUGUGAUGCGGGGGUGAUGUGCCAUGAAAAUAACGUAUUGUAGUCGAUACAACAUACCGUGUCGAACAUAUCGUGUGUGUGUGGAAAACAUGAGAGCGCACGUUGUUUUAUUACACUAGCGUACACACGACAAUAAUAUAUGUGACGUUCGUUUUAUUCCACGACAUUUAACUGCUUGUUCUCUACUUAUUUAUGUAUUAGUUAAUAUUGUAUCCGCCGAGAAGAGGAGAAAAUUAAAACCUUUGUAGUACGUAAUUAGUUAAUCAGUCAUCUGCGUGUACUUAUCUGGAUUAAUAAUAGUCAUUUAAUUAGUGGUUCGUAAUUAGUAGUAAUCUAAUGAAUCAUUACUUGUUGAAAGAG